AGUCAGGCGUGUUAGAGGUGUGAUUUCCGAGGUCAGACAUUUGGUGCUGCCGACCCGUGAGACGAUGACGGCCGCCGUUCAAAUACCCCUGCAUGCCAACGUGGCCUUCCACGACACCAAGAUAUGUUGGGAGAGUCUGCAGGGCUCCCCGGAGGAGCCGAUUUUCAACAUCGCCCUCAACGUGAAGAUAAGCGCCGCCGACAUCGCGAAGGCGCUCAUCAGCUUCCAGGAGAGCUCGGAGAAGAUCUCCGCCAGCCCCGCGUUUCCGGCGUCGCAGGGCGCUCUCGGCAAGCCGCCGCCGCCCGCCACCAGCACGCGCGGGCUCGCGGACGCCGCGGCCGGGACGCCGGCUGCGCCGGCGCCAGCGGCGAAGAAGGCGCCGCCGCCAGGGGGCGCACAGGCCAAGGCGCCGGCCCCCGCCGCCCGCGCCGCGCCGGCGGAGCCAGAGAGGCCGCUGCCGAAGGCCACGUGGGACUCGCCCCCGCACUUGCAGCAAGAGGGGCACCGCGACUACGUGGACAAGACGAAGUGGAAGGCCGACGAGGGCUCGUGGAAGCUCCUUGACGACUGCCUGCUGAAGUUCGUCCCGACGCGGCUGGAGCCGCCCCCCAGGCGGCGGAGGAUACCGCAGGAUCGCCCGCCCAUCGAGGAGCGGCCGCCCGCCCCGGCGGCGCCCCGGGCGGACUCCGACCUGCCAGGCCCACCUGCCGCCGCCCCGCCCCCGGACGCGAAGCUGCACGGGCCCCCGCCGGCUGCCGAUGGGGGCGGCCGAAAGCUCGGCCGAGCCGAGCCGACGUCGGAGGAGGGCCAGGCUGGGCCGCCGCCGCCGCAGCCGUCGAGGACAGCUGCGGAUACGCCGUCUGGGUUGUCUGGCACAGGCGGCACUGGCGGCCCAGACGGCGACCCUGGCGAGCCCGGUGGCCAGAAGGACCUCGGGGGGAUGCAAGCAGCAGUGACGGCGUCUUGCCCCGCACCCUGCGGUAGGCCUGCAGGAGGUGGCGGGGGGGGGCACCCCUCACCUCUGUCCGCCGAUGCGGGGCCUUUUCCAGAGGGACUCCUCGGUUUUGCGUUUACAGAACAUUCAG